GAUAGUAUAGAAAUAUCUAUAAUCACGUCUAAUCGAACGUCGUGAUUCGUUCGUAAAAAGCAUCUGUCCCGUACUGAUGAAACGAUCGCCUAAGUCGACGAUCACGGAAACAGCAGUUGACAAAUCCUUCUGUGUGUGAUAUUUUAAAAAGCCAAGCGUCAGUUCACAAUGAGCUUCCUAUUUGGAAGCCGGUCAUCAAAAACCUUUAAACCAAAGAAGAAUAUCCCAGAAGGAACUCAUCAAUAUGACUUGAUGAAACAUGCUGCGGCUACUCUUGGUUCUGGAAAUCUAAGAUUAGCGGUUAUGCUUCCAGAAGGAGAAGAUUUAAAUGAAUGGGUUGCUGUCAAUACUGUUGAUUUUUUUAAUCAAAUCAAUAUGUUAUACGGUACCAUAACAGAAUUUUGUACGGAAGAAAGUUGUCCAAUAAUGUCAGCAGGUCCAAAGUACGAAUAUCAUUGGGCAGAUGGUCAUACUGUGAAAAAGCCUAUUAAAUGUUCUGCUCCCAAAUACAUUGAUUUUUUAAUGACAUGGGUGCAAGAUCAGUUGGAUGAUGAAACAUUGUUUCCUUCUAAAAUCGGCGUACCAUUUCCAAAGAAUUUUUUGUCAAUUGCAAAAACAAUAUUGAAACGAUUAUUUAGAGUAUACGCACAUAUUUAUCAUCAACACUUCAGUGAAGUUGUACAACUUGGCGAGGAAGCGCAUUUAAAUACAUCUUUUAAACACUUCAUUUUUUUUGUUCAGGAAUUCAAUUUAAUUGAACGACGAGAAUUAGCACCAUUACAAGAAUUGAUAGAGAAGUUAACUGCAAAGGAUGCACGAUGAAUUAUUCAUGUAAUUGUAAACCCAGAAACUCCUCCAAAGAAUCUCACCCGCAUGGUAUUUGCUAACAAAUGUAUAAUUGCUUACAAUAUUAUGAAACCAAUUAUAUUUUUAGAUACAUGAUUUUUAAUCAUAAAGUGUGGGUCAAUGGUGAAAAAGAGCGGUAGAAUUAUUUGAAUUUUAGAAAAAAGGUUAAUUCAUAUCAGAUCUUUUUAUUAUUUAUUUUUUUUCUAUUUUCA